UGGUUAGUAUAUCCGUAACUUAGUUCGAAUUAGUAAUAUCAUAAAAAAUAUAGCAUUGAAAUUGUCCUAAAUGAUGUUGUUUAUUUGUUUAUCCAUAAAAAGUCAAAAGAAUAUUAAAACGUUUUUAAAUUAGAUUACGUGGCAAGUUGAGUUUCAAUAAGUACAACCGCGCGCAUGUCUUUUCAAUUUGUAUUACCGUUUCUAUUUUGCGUUUUUAUCUGUUAAAUGGCCGAAGAAGACUCUUCCGACUCCAUCAUCGUCAACGUCGACGGAGAUGACAACAAAUCAGCGUUGUUCGGUAAGUACGACAUCAAGAAGCAUCUCGGCAGCGGCGCGUUUGCCAAAGUCUACGAAGCGGAGGAUCUCCACAACAAGGGCCAAAGCGUUGCGAUCAAAGUCGUCCAAAAGAAGCGUUUAAAAGACGGUCUCACGGCGCACGUCAAGAGAGAGAUCUCCGUCAUGCGCCGCCUCCGCCACCCUCACAUCGUCCUCCUCUCCGAAGUCCUCGCCACCAAGACGAAGAUCUACUUCGUCAUGGAGCUAGCCCAGGGCGGCGAGCUCUUCUCCAGAGUCUCGAGCAAUCGUUUCACGGAGAGUCUCAGCCGGAAGUAUUUCCGCCAGCUGAUCUCCGCCGUGCGGUACUGCCACGCGAGAGGCGUUUUCCACCGCGAUUUGAAACCGGAGAAUCUCCUCCUCGACGAGAAGAGAGACCUCAAGGUUUCGGACUUCGGUCUGAGUGCGAUGAAGGAGCAGAUCAAAGCAGACGGGAUGCUACACACUCUCUGUGGGACUCCGGCUUACGUGGCGCCGGAGCUUCUCACAAAGAAAGGCUACGAUGGAUCCAAGGCUGAUAUAUGGUCGUGCGGCGUCGUUUUGUUCCUUCUAAACGCUGGUUACUUGCCCUUUAGAGAUCCCAACAUCUCCGGACUGUACCGGAAAAUCCGCAUGGCGCAAUACAGAAUGCCAGAGUGGACUUCUUCCGGUCUUCGACACCUCCUCAGCCGCCUCUUGGAGCCUGAUCCAGAGAAACGGAUCACCGUUGAGGAGAUUCUAAAGGAUUCAUGGUUCAACCACGGUGUAGAUCCGAGUGAGAUGAUUGGUAUGCAAGCAGACGAUUACGACCUUGAAGAAAGCGGGAAGAAACUAAACGCCUUCGAGUUGAUCGCGUCUUCAUCGACGGCUAACCUCGCUGGUUUGUUCGGAAACUUUGUGACGCCGGAUCAUUGUGAUCAGUUUGUCUCCGAUGAGAAUCCAGCGGAGAUUAUGGUUAAGGUUGUGGAGGUUGCGAAGAAGAUGAAUCUGAGGAUUGCGAAGAAGAAGGAGAGAGCGGUGAAGCUGGAAGGGCCACAGGGAGUAGCUAAUAUCGUAGUUAAGAUUCGGAGGCUAACGGAUGAGUUAGUGAUGGUGGAGAUGAAGAACAAGCAAAGAGACGUUGGGAUAGUUUGGGCUGAUGAGCUUAGGCAAAAGCUACGUCGUUUGAUUAACCAACCGGUUAAUAGGGUUCCUGAUAAACCGUAAAAAUGGUUAUUAUACAAAACCAAUUUACUCGGAUUUUUCGACAUAUUCCACUCGUGAGGUUUAACAGUUGUAAGAGAGACUCACUUUUAAUUUUUUAAAUUCAUUAUGGAUUCGAGAAGCAUUACGGUGAACCGGUUCGGUUUGCAUUGGAGCAGAGAUAGUAAUCUCGUUGUACAUAAAAACGAAAGAAAAAAAAGAGACUACCAACCAAGAUUCAAUUUUUAGUUUUUUGUGGAGUAUAAUUAAACACAAAAGACUAAAUUAUUUGCUUUAUUCAUAUUGGAGAGAAAUUGAAUAAAGACUCUCGUCUGGAAUAUGUAGUCUUUUCGUGUAUGUGUGUGAUUGUGUAUGUGUUUUGGAAACUUGAGCCCUUGUUUUUGCCAAGGGACAAGCUAACAGUUUGUAAUAUUUAUCAUUGUUGAUUGUCUUUGGGAAUAUGAAAAAUCUUUUGGGUAUAUUUUUUUCUGUAUAGUACUAUUUUAAGCUAUGAAAGUCUCUUUGCAACAUUAAAUUAUCUUAUAAGAGUAC